AUGUCUGCUUCUGAAGGUAUUCAGGAAGUUGAGGAGAGUCAAAUCGACACCAACUACGACAAGGUCGUCUACAACUUCGAUGACAUGAACUUGGAACCAAACCUGUUGAGAGGUGUUUUCGGUUACGGUUUUGAAGAGCCAUCUGCUAUUCAACAGCGUGCCAUUAUGCCAAUCAUUGAAGGUCACGAUGUUCUAGCUCAAGCUCAAUCUGGUACCGGUAAGACUGGUACUUUCUCCAUUGCUGCUUUGCAAAGAAUCGACCCAGCCAUCAAGAAUCCUCAAGCUUUGAUGUUGGCCCCAACCAGAGAAUUGGCUUUGCAAAUUCAAAAGGUUGUCAUGUCUCUUUCUUUCCACAUGAACUUGAAGGUUCACGCCUGUAUCGGUGGUACCUCUUUCAUCGAAGAUGCUGAAGGUUUGAGAGAUGCUCAAAUUGUUGUUGGUACUCCAGGUAGAGUUUUCGACAACAUCCAGAGAAGAAGAUUCAAGACCGACAACAUCAAGAUGUUCAUCUUGGAUGAAGCUGAUGAGAUGUUGUCCUCUGGUUUCAAGGAGCAGAUCUACGAAAUUUUCACCAUGCUUCCACCAACCACCCAAGUCGUCUUGUUGUCUGCUACGAUGCCAAGAGACGUUUUGGAAGUCACCACCAAGUUCAUGAGAUCCCCAGUUAGAAUUUUGGUCAAGAAGGACGAACUUACCUUGGAAGGUAUCAAGCAGUUCUACGUCAACGUCGAACAAGAACAAUACAAGUACGAGUGUUUGACCGAUUUGUACGAAUCCAUCGCCGUCACUCAGGCUGUUAUCUUCUGUAACACCAGAAGAAAGGUCGAAGAGUUGACCCAGAGAUUGACUGCCGACAACUUCACUGUUUCCGCUAUCUACUCUGACUUGCCACAACAAGAGAGAGACACCAUCAUGAAGGAAUUCAGAAGUGGUUCUUCCAGAAUUUUGAUUUCCACAGAUUUGUUGGCCAGAGGUAUCGAUGUCCAACAAGUUUCUUUGGUUAUCAACUACGAUUUGCCAACCAACAAGGAAAACUAUAUUCACAGAAUUGGUAGAGGUGGUCGUUUCGGUAGAAAGGGUGUUGCCAUCAACUUCGUCGUCAACGAAGAUGUUGGUGCCAUGAGAGAAAUUGAAAAGUUCUACUCUACCCAAAUCGAAGAAUUGCCAUCCGACAUUGGUACCCUAUUUGCUUAG